GAGCAGCUCAGUGGUCUUUCAGUGGAAGUGCAGCGUCAACAGUGGUGGAAAAAUUGGAUUGUAAUAACACUCCGCCUUCAGCCCGAUGGAAGCGGCCGUCAACCCGCCUCACGACAGCUCUCUGGUUGGGCUGUCCAGUGGCAGGAUGGACCAACACACCGGCUCCAGCAAACGCAUUCGCAAGCCGUCCUUGCUGUAUGAGGACUUUGAGAGCCCCUCUCUGCCGCACACAAUGCCCCAGGGGCCUCCUGUCCCACCCCAGCCCCCAGUGAAAGAUCCCAGCCGGCCAGGCCGCAUGACCAACCAGCUGCAGUUUCUCCAGAGGACCCUGAUGAAGUCUCUGUGGAGGCAUCACUUUGCCUGGCCUUUCCAUGAACCUGUGGAUGCCUACAGGCUUAACCUACCAGAUUACCAUAAAAUUAUCAAACAACCCAUGGACAUGGGGACCAUCAAAAAGCGCCUGGAGAACAACUUCUAUCGCAGUGCAAGUGAGUGCAUACAGGACUUCAACACAAUGUUCACCAACUGCUACAUCUACAACAAGCCGACAGAUGAUAUUGUGCUGAUGGCCCAGUCCUUAGAGAAGAUCUUCCUCCAGAAGGUGGCCCAGAUGCCCGAGGAGGAAGUUGAGCUGCCUCCUCCAGCUCCUCGAAACAAGAACAGCAGGGGAAGAGGUCGCAAAUCUGCAUCGAGGGCCCAGCAGGUACCAGCGGUGUCCCAGUCAGCCUACUCCCCUUCGUCCUCGGACACUGGGGAAUCCAUGCCGGCCAACUCUCCCCAGACUGUGCUGACUAAAAGCCUGCCUCCGGCCAACAUCAUGGGCCUGCCCCCUACACAGCCCACAACCAAGAAAAAAGGUGUGAAGCGUAAGGCAGACACCACCACCCCCUCCACCAUGGGCUUGACUGUGGGCAUGUCUGGAGCAACGCACAUGGUGGGCUUGGGGAAAGGAGGCCACGGGGGCCAAAUCCACGACACCUCCAUGCACACCAUCUCCUCAAUGGGGGGCAUGAGCUUGGAGGCCCCACCUGGGAUAGGGCUGGUCAGGAGCCCUGGAGGUCCUGUCCUGCUGCAGCCAAUGAUGGCGGGCACUGGACGCAGAGUGGGCAGCGGACGCCCCAUUAAACCCCCCAAGAAGGACUUGCCUGAUUCUGUCCAGCCUCAGCCCUCGAGGAAGGGCAAACUAAGCCCUCAGCUGAGGUAUUGCAGUGUGCUGCUUAAGGAAAUGUUGUCAAAGAAACAUGCUGCAUACGCCUGGCCUUUCUACGUACCUGUGGACGCGGCUGCACUGGGCCUUCAUGACUAUCAUGAUAUCAUUAAGUGUCCCAUGGACCUCAGCACCAUCAAGAGGAAGAUGGACUGUCGAGAAUACAGGGAUGCUCAACAGUUUGCUAGCGAUGUCAGACUCAUGUUCUCCAACUGCUACAAGUACAACCCACCUGACCAUGAUGUUGUGGGCAUGGCACGGAAGCUGCAGGAUGUGUUUGAGUUCCGUUUUGCCAAGAUGCCAGAUGAGCCACAUAUGGAUCACUCAGCCAUGUCAAUGAGUGGCCAUCCAACAUCCUCCUCCUCCUCUUCUUCCUCCUCCUCGUCCUCAUCUUCCUCCACCUCCGAGAGCGAGCCCAGCAGUGAGAGUGAAGAGAGCGAGAGCAGCCCCAACUCAGACAGCGAGGAAGAGCGAGCACAUCGCUUGGCUGAGUUACAGGACCAGGUGUGCACACAGCUCCGAGCUGUGCACGAGCAGCUGGCUGCCCUCUCUCAAGGCCCCAUCGUCAAGCCCAAGAAGAAGAAAGAGAAGAAGGAUAAAAAGGAGAAGAAGAAAAAGAAGAAGCUGGAGAAGCGAAGUCGCGGAGGCAGAAGCAGAGCUGGCUCUGAGGAAUGGAAAAUGCCUGGCAAAAUACUGAAAACCAAGUCUGCCAGAGCGGGUGGCUCCCAGGCCAAGAAAGGCCAGGGGAAGAAGAGUAACAAGAACAGCAAGACCACAAAGAAGCCAUUCUACCCCCCAGUGGCCACUUCCAUGCUGCCGCACUACGACUCGGAGGAAGAGGAGGAGAUCGUGCCCAUGUCGUAUGAUGAGAAGCGCCAGCUGAGCCUUGACAUCAACAAGCUACCGGGGGAGAAGCUGGGACGUGUGGUCCACAUUAUUCAGUCCAGGGAACCUUCACUGAGGGACACCAACCCCGAGGAGAUUGAGAUUGACUUUGAAACACUCAAGCCAUCGACACUGAAAGAGCUGGAGCGCUACGUCAUGACCUGUCUGAGGAAGAAGCCUCGCAAGCCUUACGGUGAACAAGCAGGGAAGAAAGGCAGUAUUGGCAAGUCUAAAGAGGAGCUGACUCUGGAGAAGAGGAGGGAGCUGGAGAGGAGGCUGCAGGACGUCAGUGGGCAACUCAAUUCCGUCAAGAAACCUACGAAACCUAAAGUGGAGAAGCCCAGUGCUGUCGAGACUCACACCCAGCCCUCACGCCUCAGCGGCAGCAGCUCCAGCUCUGACUCAUCAUCAUCCUCAUCCUCAUCCUCGUCUUCAGACACCAGUGAUUCAGACUCUGGUUGAGAUCUUUAGCACUGGCUAAAGAGGGAAAACACUAAUAACUCAGGGACUUGGGCUGGCCCAGGACACAACACACCCUGAAACAGUAGUGGGCUGAGAUAUUAGAUACCGGGCGAAAAACACUCCAAGUGGACUCCUAAAAUGUUUUGAAUGUGGGACUGAGGGAUGCGAAACAACGUCUCUGUGGAUAAUCAUAGAACCCAAACACUAAAUGCCUUGGUUUCUCCUUCCUCCCCUUUGUAAAUACUUGUACAAAUUUAUGUUUCUUUUAUAAAGAAGAAUUUUAUGGUGAUCCCCCAAAGAGGGAAGCGGAGUAAAUAGAAAGGAUGUGGAAAGAUGGGCCUUACUCCAGAUCUGCUUUGGCUGGCCUUACGCUGUGUCCUCUGUGGCGAGGGAAUGGAAGAGUGUUUAUUUAUUUGUUUUCUUCACCCGCACUUCCUCAUACGUUACUGGAAUUUCAACCAGCAACCUUUUGGUCAGAAGCCUUGCUUUUCUAACAUCUGGCCUUCUGCCACGCUUCAUUUUAGACCAAGCCCUAGACUCAGCCUUACUCAUCCAGAUUGUUGAUAAAAAUCCAGUAUUGUUCAGCAAUGCUAAGAUUCCUUCUCAUGUUCACAGGUUUUUCUAGUAUCUGUCGUUUUCAGGUCAGUUUCAGUUCUGUGUCGUUUUUCUUUUAUGUUUACGUACAUUGGUCUUGCAGUUAAAUCUCAGUUUGACACUGAGCUUUAUGCUGCAGUUUGUUUUACAGCCUUUUGUUCUUGUUUUUUUUUUUGGAAACAAAGUGGGUUUAGACACUCGUACAGUUUAGAAACACGUUACUAUAAUCACAAAGUUUACAAUUCAGUUAGCACACAUCCAUUCAGUUUGUAUUGAUUUUGAUGGCUGCACUAAAAGCCCACCAGCCAUUUUAAGACGGACUAGUUUUAUGAAUAUAACACUAAUUGGAGUAAUGUCUUCAGUGUUUUGAUGAGUUCCGACUGUUCAGCUUUGAUAUUGUUUUCUCUGUUACAUAAAGCUGUAACUGCAGUGUGCAUCUGUUUCUUAAGAGCGGAACACAGGCUGCCGAACGUUAUCCGAUUAUAGUGCAGGUUUCUAAUCUCCGCAUUAAUCUUCUUAACAUGUGAAGUAUUGCAUUAGUUUCUUGAAGACAUCUGUAGCACUUGAAAACUCCAUAAAGGUUUCUUAAAGAAGUCUUUUGGUGCCCGGCACUUACUGGAACAAAUGGUGUUGACUGAAUAAACUGAAGCUACAUAAUUCUACAAGAGGAUAAAGAUUAAAAAUAAUCUUUAUUGAGACACAAAGAGACUAUAAAGUCCUCAUAGUCCAUGCAUAGUGGAAGCUGUUGUUGAAUGUUCAGUGGAAGAAUAUAUGCUUGUAUAUACUUAAACUGUAUUUGCUGUUGCACAAACUAUUGUAUUUCUGCUGUUAAGACUUUUUUUUCUUUCAUUUAUCUUCUUUUCUUUCCUUUUUUUACCUGCUGUUAUUUCUCAUUCCAGUAAACCGUCUUAGUUGUUUCCUGAAGAGCGUUCACAUGAGCAUUGCUGCCUCUGGUCAAGCAGGUUGUUGUCUCUCAGAAGCAUACCUUUCAUCUGACAAGUGUGUUUAUUAAAAUAUUCU